ACCAGGGAUGCAGAGGAAUGAGAGUAACUGGACACCCGAAAGGUGCAGAAGGGAUAAAAAGGAACGACACAUGGCAUGUCUAGUCGCGUCUUGAUCGCCUCAAGCACGCAUAACUGCCAUGUCUAGCUUUGGUGUGAGAGACAGAUUGAAACGAAAACGUUUCUGGCUGUCUAAGUAUCGGUAUUCUUGUUUCCCCGAAGUCAACGAGGUCGACUAUGUUAUCCAAUCCCAGAGCGGGGCGACAGUCGCCCCCAAUGCUAUGGACCCGCAGAUGCAAGCAGCAAAGAACACCCUGCCGGAGACCAUUGAUGAAUUCAGAUCGCGGCUGAAGUCGGAGCUUGACCAACAUCAGCAAGAGAACCAAUUUUACGGUGUUUGCUACGACCUUCAUUCAGCGCUGCGUACAAAGGCCUCGGAAAUCACACACCAGCUUCUCCUACAGUCUUACUUUGAGCCCGAGACUAUUCCCUGUGGAGAUCCGUUUCUCUAUGAUUCUAUUCGACAAUUGAUCGCCGCGCUCGAUGAGGCUGAGGCAGGCGAGAAAAGUGCAGAGAAUGACUGGAAAAGAUACUGGAAUGUUUCCCCAGCGGCGUCAGUACCUGUUUGGAUUUGAUGUACUGUGACCUAAGAGUCAGAUCGCUUCAAACUUGGGAUUUCUUCCAACAGGCAGAACUCCAUACCUGGGUUUUCAAUGUACAAGAUAAAAGAAAGCUAGAUUGUCUCUGUCAUUCGAAACCUAGAAUAUUCCCCACUCAGAUCUCGCCAUCCGCCCGUUCAUUCUCGACAUAGCAAAUUGCAUCUCAUAGCAAGAAAUCGUGUGGAAUGAACUUAUUAUCUUCGAUUUGAC